AUGAAUCAGCAAGAGUAUAUAAAUUUGAUCGUGAUGGCCUUCCAAAGCAAAGAGACUCAAACAAGGAAAAAGGCAGAAGAAUAAUUGAUUCAAGCCUGUCAAAAUGAUGCCAGAUCCGUUGAAAUCCUAUGUGAAUUAUCAUCCUAAUAAAAUGAUUUACUAUUAGCAGAAGAAGCUGCGAUUACUAUAAUAACUGCUGUGAAAAAAUUCAUAGGCAACACAAGUAAGACCAUCUUGAAUUCUAAUCUAGAACCCUAUGCUGUGGAAAUGAGAUUGCAUCAUGUUGAUCUCUUUGUUCAGAUGCUCACUAAAUAAGUAUCAGACAAAAUCAAAGUCAGCAUUCAAUAAGCCCUCCAAUAACUGGUUUAUUAUGAUAAACGUAAAUGAAUUAUUAUUAUUAAUCUGUAGAGAAUAACUUCAAGACUCGCCUCAAAUAACAUGUCGUCUAAUCUAUUGAAACCAGAUUAGAAAACAUGGUUGCAUCUGCAUUUUACAUAGCUGAAACAUUACAAUUGGAUAAUCAAUUUGAAUGGUUUCAAUCCAUCAUCAAGGCAGGUAAAAUUUUGGGCACUUUCCCUCAAUCUACCAAAAUAUUAUGGGCCAAAGUUCUCCAUAAUCAACUGGAUCGACACCUCACAACUCAAUAGAUGAGUGGAGUGCCAGAACCUAUUCAACAAUUCUUUAUCUACAACGAGGAAUUGUGCUAAGUGCUCAUUCUCAAGGCUCAACAAUUGACCUUUGUAGGCGACGAUCUAGAAUAUUGUCAUUUGAUAGUUGCAUCCCAAAGGCUAAUCUACGGAUCUAUUAUUAAAUUGUACAAGGAUGCCGUAGUCGCCAAGAAGUGCCCAUUUUUAGACAUCUUAUGUAUUCUGUGUGACACUUACAUCCAAAGUCUUGUGGCAUUUGCAAUGUCGCCCACCUUCUCUUAUGAUACUCUUAAUCAGAACCAAUAAAACUUAAUUAAUGAAAUCAUCAAAUUAUUAGCAAUUACAUGCAAGAGCAUUUCAGUCUAUCACAUCUUUGCUGAAUACAGGAUGGCCAUUUUUGUUGACAUCAUUUUACCCUUCUUCUCAUCAACUCAAAAAGAAAUGAGUGAUCUCAAUGAGGACCCUAAUGAAUUUGUUCAAUUGACAUAGGAUCUUUUGGAUGAGCAAAAAUCUGAUAUCAUUAAGUCAUCAGUGGCUCAGUUAAUUAUCGCUUAUUGUGAUCAUAUUGAUGGGUCCGUAUCCUUCUUUACAUCCUUUUCAACUCUGGCUGCAACCUAUUGUGUUUAAAAACUACAAAACGCAGAAUUAAAAGAGUAGUUAGGAUUAAUAAUGGAAUUCAAGGACCAUUACUUUUUAAAAUCCAUGAAUGUUAAUGUUUUAUUAGAAACUUCAUUGCUAAUCUUAUCAAUUUUGAGUAAUUAUCUAGUCUAUCGAAAUGAAGUCGGGUAAAUAUUCAAAUCCUUUAUUACCUAAUACGGCGAUUACUUAUUAAACUAUUCAAUACGUAUGCAAAAUUUAUAUAGUCUUAGCUCUUGUUAAGGCCAGACUCUGUACUUAUAUUGGCGCAUUUUGCAAGUCAAUUCUACAUGAAAAAGAAGAACUCUCUUAAUAACUCCUUAGUUUUUUGAUGAAUUAAAUCAAAUCUUCCAAAAAUGAAUUAUAUGCUAAUUGCUAUUGUGCAAUAGAGGCUAUUAAGAAUAUUAUUGAAGAACCCAAUUUAGAGAAACUAUUGGAACCAAUCAUUGGAUAGAUCCUGCUAGUUUUAUGUGAAUCUUUAUUAUAAAGCGACUUUGAAGAUCACUUCGAUACUAUUAAACAAGUUUUCAAGUAUGAAUUGUUAUAAAUUCAUGUAGAACAUUUUCAUUAGAGCCAUCAGUAUUAGAUCAAGCUUUGGGACUAAUAGUUUUGAAAAUCUAAUAAGAGUAAGAAUUGGUGGAGUAAGGAUAGACUGAGAGACAAAUCUGUAUCAAUUAAACUUGGAAUAUACUCAAAUCUCUGCCUGAGGUCGAUAGGAUAAUUCCAAUUCACUUUAAUCUUUUAGAAAAAAGAGUUGCCGUUCUAUACAAAUACAUCAUAGGUAAUCUAUGAUAUGAUUAUUAAUAGACCCAAAUGUUAUUGAUUUUGACGAGGACAUUGUGUACUUUAUAUCAUAGCUAAUACAUAAAACUAAAUUUAUCAGUGACUAUUAAGCUGAGAUGCUCACAUAAUGUAACAAAGUAAUAGAGAAAUAGAGAUAUACUCUUGGAUAAUUAUUUGAGCUUUUUAAUUAUUACAUUUAUUAUGGGAGAACCUUAUUUUAAAAUACUAAAGCCUAAGAAUUUGUAUUCAUCAUAUUUCAUAAUUUAGCUGAUUUAAAUGUUGGAGGCUGUUUUCAAUCAUCCAUAGAAUGGGGAAGCCUCUCAAGGAGAAGCCAUCGUGCUUUUACACUUACUCCUCCAAGAAUAUCCAUUAUAAAAGGAUGUUUUAAACUAUAUCUACACAAAAAUCUUAUAAAGAUCAUAAUUGGAAGUAAAAAAUGAUUUCCUGAGAGCUAGAUUGAUGGGAAUAUAUAUUUCAGGAUUUAUAUAAAAUUGUGCCUAAACUUUACAAUGGAUUGAAUCAUAAUAAGGAUUCAUUUAUGAUCAUAUCGUUGAUUCAAGCAAACAUUGCUAACCUGAUUAUGACAGUCAACUCUAUAUUGUAGGGUUUUGUCAAUUGUUACUCAAGAAUCCCAAAUAUUUGAAUCUAACUUUGCUUACAAAUUUUGUAACUGUCUUAAAAAGAUAGUAUAAUAACGACUUAAAAAAGGCUAAGGAGGACAAUAAUGACAGUGAGGAAAUGUUUGCUUUUAAUGAUGAAUUAGAGGAUGCAAAAAUAACCAUGGAAACAUUCUUGUGCAAUAUUUAAAAGCACAAUGAAUUUGACAUGUUUCAUCUUACUUAUUAGCAAUUAAGAAAAACUAUAAAUAUAUCAGAGUUGAUAUCAAAUGAUCCUAUUAUGAAAAAAGACCUUGAUGAGAUAUUGAAAAUUAAUAAAAUUAAUUCAGAUGCUAGAAUAAUUUUAAAAUUGAAAAAGAGAAAAGAAAAAUGA